AACUUCUUACGGUUUUCAAAGAGAAAAAAAUUUCUCUUCACAGAGAGAAUUCAGAGAAUCAAAAACCAAAUUCAUUUAGAGAUUUUUGAGACAACAGAUCUCAAAAAUCAUUCAGAGAUUUUUGCUAGUUUGAAAAACCCUAAACCUAAAUUUCUCUUCUCUUCCGAUAAUGGUUAAAACAAGAAAAAUCACAAGAACAAUCCAAGAAGAAGAAACAAUAAUGGAUGAUAGCACUGCUCCUAGAACAUCAGAAGACGAUUCAAGAAUUUCAAGACGAAAAUCAAAGAGAAAAAAGAGUAAAAAGGUUGAAACACCGAAAUCGAAGAAAAAAGGUAAGGUUGUGCCAAAAUCUGUUAGGAAGUUGUAUAGGUCUGGUUUCACAGCAUUACAUAGCCUGGUUGCCAGAAUGAAGGCGAGUAAAUAUACUUUGAGUGAAGCCACAUUGGAAAAGAUAGCCGAAUCUUCUUAUGGACAGAUGUUUUUGAUGUUCUGGCACACUAAGUACUCAGAAAGUCAUUGGGAAAAGUUGGAAGCUGCAGUGAAAAAGUACUUGAAGUGUUACAAAAGGGGUCGAGUCAAGAAUGAUCUCACAUUUGAGUUUGUUAGAAGAGGUGAAAAACACAUUAUCACGUCGACACCAGAAAAAAUGGGUGUAAUGUUUGGAAUGCCAAGAAUGGCAGGAAGAAGAACUGAUGACACCUUUUUGAUGGUAGGUGGUGGAUGGAGGCAGAAACCAUUCUACAUUAGACACUUUGGUGAUAGCAACACGGUUACAAGACCAAUGCUACAAGAUGCCAUCUUGAAACUGCUCAAGCGUACUGGUAUCAAGAAUUGUAAAUCUGAAGGUGGCGAAGACAGUGAUGAUGACAAUGAUGAACAAGUAACCAAUAGUGAAGAUGAUGAAUAUAUGAAGUACAGGAUACCAAGAGUAGAAACUGAACAAACAAUUGAAGAUAUGAGAAGAAAAUCAUCAGAAUACAACACUCCCGAGGACAUCACUGGUUGUGUCGUCUAUUUGUUGUUGUUGUAUGCGGAGCAUACUCACUUGGUGAAACCAGUGACGUUACCAGAUGAUCGAUACCUUCCAAGAGCGGCAAGGUGGAACAUCAAAGAAAUAUCUGUUGAGUUUCUAAAGGAUAUGGAGGCUUCGCAAUACACAUUCUCUAAAGAAUUUAAGGAUGAAUAUACUAUGUAUGAAAAAGAAAUGUUGAAUGAAAUUGCUCAAAGGCUUCCAGUUGAAGAAGUGCCAUUGACAGUAGAUUGGCAAGAAAAAUUCGAGGAUUUGGAAGUAAAGAAUGAAGAUUUGAGGCUGACAAUUGCAGAAAAAUGGUGUGAAUUACAGAGCAGGAAAGAGGACGGCCUCCCCAUUGAUGUGAGUAUCCUAGAAGAGCUUUUGAAUGAUAUAUAUCACAGAGCUUACCCACCUCCACAACCAAACUCGGGAGAAGAAGAAUCUAGCAGUAGCUCUGAAGAAGGGCAUGAUGAUUUGGAUGACACCGUUCCAUCAGCAACUACUCCUUGGUAA